CGCUGGCCAGCAAGUCUAGCCACAGAGUCCGAUCCCGAUUUGUUUCGUUUCCCCAUCCUUGCGGCCGCUCCGCCGCCGCCGCCGCCCUCAGCUCCGGCCGCCGAGGUCACCGAUUCAGAUCCAGGUAACCCCCGCGCCGAGAUCCCUCCCCCGGUCCGUCCGCUCUCUCCCCCUCCUCCCGAUCGCUCGCCGCCGGCUCCAGAUCCGACCGAGAUCGCCCGUACGUCCCGUCGGACCCGAGAGAUGGACGCGAGCAGGCGCCAGAGCGGGAUCCAGCAGCUGCUGGCCGCGGAGCAGGAGGCGCAGCAGAUCGUCAAUGCGGCCAGGGCUGCUAAGUCGGCAAGGCUUAGGCAAGCGAAAGAGGAGGCUGAGAGGGAAAUAGCUGAAUACCGUAAACAGAUGGAGGAUGAAUUCCAGAGGAAGGUUGCAGAGAGCAGCGGUGACUCUGGUGCAAAUGUCAAGCGCCUCGAGCAGGAGACAGCGGCGAAGAUCGAACAGCUCAACCAACAGGCUGCAAGCAUCUCCCCAGAAGUCAUCCAGAUGCUUCUGAGGCAUGUCACCACCGUGAAGAACUGAGCCUUGCUGUGCCUGAGAAUACGAUCGCAAGCUUGUAUCAUCUGUCCAUUUAUUAUUUCGGAGAGCGUGGUGAGAAAUAAUUUGACUUGUGGCUGUAAUUCCUUGACCACGGAAUAAGCUGCUGCAGUAGAGCAGCAACCGUGCCUGGUACUAUCAGAUCUUGCAUUGUUUGGUAUAUUGGUAAAUAUUUUCUUCAUGUUCAAAUUUUGAACAAUACUAUCUUGUUGAGUCCCAA